AUGAGAAAUACUUUCGCUUUAGCUUUACUACUCUUAAUCACAUUUGAAAGUUCCUGCUUUUAAGUUUCUAUUAAUGAAGAGAAGCCAUCUAUAUAAUUUUCUUUUUCUAAAACAUCAUCAGCAAACACCACUUUUGAUAUUGAUUUCACCAAUUCUCCAUUUGAGUAUUAUUCUAUUGAAUUGAUGCAAACAUCUUCUGAGAUUGCAGACAUUGCUUUUUUGUAUAUGGAGUCUCAGCCCUCGUUUAUACAAGAUGGUGAACUAACCUAUGAUGAUAUGGAUUAUGAUAGGUAUAUAUAAAAAAAUAAUUCUUAGUUAUGCUUAGAAAAAAAGGGAACAUUUUUUAUUGAUUCCUAAUUCACACGAUUAAAUAUAUAUUACUAUUUUGACUAAUGUUUCAAUAUCAUAUGAUAUAAUCGUCUCUGGAUCUAAUGAAAAAUUAUGCCCAAAGAGAUGUAGGUAGAAUGGCUAAUGCAUAGAUGGACAAUGCAAUUGUUUUAAGCCUUUUAUUGGACGAGAUUGUUCAAUUGAAGCUAUUGAAAUUCAAUAAAACUCUAUGAUUGGAGUUGGAGGUUCAGAUGAUCAUGAAUUCUACUUUUUUUAUGAAUAGGAUGGAUCACAACAAUUAAGAUUAGAAAUAUCUGUAUUUAUUUUUUUUAUACUUUAAGACUGAAGAUUAGUUUGAUUCAGUAUUUGCAUAUCUUCUAGUUCCUGAUCUUGUUUAUAUACCAACUCCUUUUAUUUAUAAUUAAGGAGCAAAUAUAACAACUGAAGAGCCAUUUUCAGUCAUGAUAGAUUAAAAAAAUCGUAGAAAAGAUAAUGAUGAUGAACAUAUUCCAGAUAAAUUAAUUCUUCUUGUACAAGGAGAUACAUUCUCAAUAAAAUUGGAUGCCAUCUCAUAAGAUAAAUCUAAAAAAAGCAAACUAAUAAUAAUUCUCGUUAGUAGCAUUGGAGGAUCUCUUUUGUUAUGUUUGAUAGGAUUUUGUUCAAGAAGAGCAUAUAUAAAAAGAUAAAGAGAAAAAUAAACACCGGCAACACCUAAUAUUGAUAUUGAAAUUAAGGAGAAGGAUUUAGAAGUCCCAGCUUAUUAAGAAUAAUAAUAACAACCAUAUAAUGAUGUCCUUGAAAUUAUAUCUAAAAAUGACUUGCAAGAUGGAUAAGAUAAUUGUGGAAUUUGUUUGGAAUCAUUAAGAACAGCUAAAAUAAUCCGAAAAACUCAAUGCAGGUAUUCAGAUUUCUCUAUCAUUUAGUCACGUAUUUCAUGGUAAUUGUAUUGAAAAAUGGCUUAACAAAAAUUCUUAUUGUCCAUUUUGUAGAUUUGAUCUCAAAGUUAAAGUAAUCAAAGAGAAUAAUGAUGAGGAAAUAAUUCAAGAGGCAUGA